CUCUGCUGUUUAGGGAAAACCCCGAAAAACAGCCCCAAAUUCGGAAGUCAACACUCCUUCAAUCUAUGUUCCUUCAUUCAUGAUUCAUAGGGAACCUACCCUACUAAAGUAAAAAUCAUCAUGAAAAGAAUUAUUUGGCCGUUAAUUUCUUGUGUGUCUCUUGGCGUUGGAGGACUUCUUGGUUCAUAUCAUCAGAGAAGGAUUGAAAGACCAUCAUGUGAUGAUAUCGUACAAUCUCGAUGGUCGAUAUUCACACAUGCAGCUACCGCAAAGAAACAACUCCCAACACCAGCACCUCCAAAUCACUCUGGGGAAAUCAUGAAGUUUGGUUUCCCCGGUUAUGAUGAAAUCCGAACGCACGACAAUUACGUCUUGUGUUACGAUUGUCGAAUGCGCAACCCGAAAUGGGUCUUUGAAUGUCUCACCCGAGAAGACGUUAAGUAUAAUGAUGCGAUUACAAGAACUAAUUGCCAGUUUGAAAUCGACCAAUCGGUGCAUCCGUUCUUUCAAUCAACCAAUAAGGAUUACAGAGGGAGUGGUUAUGAUAGAGGUCACAUGGCUGCAGCGGCCAAUCACAGGAGGUCAGAUGAGGUCAUGCAGCAAACUUUUCUGUUGAGUAAUGUCAGUCCACAGAUUGGGGAAGGUUUCAACCGUGGUAUUUGGAACGAUUUGGAGAAGUAUGUUCGUACGUUAACAAAGAAGUAUGCCAAAGUUUAUGUUUGCACCGGACCACUUUAUUUGCCAUACAAAGAACAAAAGAGAACGUUCGUCAAGUAUGAAGUCAUUGGGAACUCGGUGGCAGUCCCAACACAUUUCUUCAAGAUCAUUGUUGGUGAGACGUCUACACAACUCUUUGAUUUGAGAGCUUUUGUUAUUCCAAACUCGGCCAUUCCAGACGAAACUCAUCUGGAGAGGUUUCUUGUUCCAGUUGAUGCUAUUGAACGAGCGGCUGGUAUUUUAUUGUUUGAGCGUUUGCCAAAGAGCGCCUUACGAAGUGUUAAUGCUCCAUUAUGAAAGAAGAAAAUAAACUCUUAUUGUUCUUGUAUAUUUGGUUUGUGGUCACAUCAUGUGUUUGUCUACUUGCUGGGUGGAUUAUGUUCUUUUGAGGACUUGUCUUGAUUUAUGUUCUACAAUCUCCUGGUGAUGACUAGAGCAAGCUAGUCAAAAUGUUGAGACCAAUAAAGAACUCACUCCACGGUAGUGAAGUUAACAAUGAUUAGUCCCCUCGAUCCAUAAAGUGAAAGUAGUACUUAGUCCCGGCCGAUCUUCUACCUUUCGCCCAGGUAGUAGUUAAUAAGCAGGACAAUUCUUGUUAUAAUUGAAUAAUCUACUCUUCAGUAAGAGAAAGUCUUCCUAAUUCCCCCAACAUCUACUAAGCGGUUGUAGAAUAUAUAUUAAAUAAGGGAAUCAAUUUGUAGUGAAGAGGUUUUCAACUAGUGGUUUAAUCCCAACGAGG